GUUGUUUAUGUUGUAGUAUUAAUAUUUUAUAGGCAAUGAAGAAUAUGCAUAAAAUUUCAUUGUUAUUCGUUAAUUGUUUUGAAUUCAAAACGGGCAUUUGCUUAAACGCAAUCGUCAAGAAUAGCAGUCAUUGUCAUCAUAUCUGUCACCAUGACAACGCGAUCAAACAAAACAAAAUAUUUGUUAAUUUCAGAAAAUUUAUGAUCAAUUAAAUUAUUUAAAUAACAACAAUGUCCGAAACUGCUAAAGAAACUAAGACGGAAGACAAAGCAAAUAAUAAUGUAUCUAUUGAGAUCAAACCAUUAGAUGAAGAACAAGUUAAACUCAAUAGUGAACUCAAAAAUCGUUUACGUAAAUAUAUAAAAAAGUUGGACGACACAGGAACUAGUACAACAAAACUGGAAAGUGAAAAGACAGAAAUUGAAACAUUUAAACAGCUUUACAAACCUAAAUUGGAUUCCGACGAGGAUUCCUACAAAAGGAUACCAAAAUUCUACUUCAAAUUGCCCCGGCCUGAUGAAGUUCUUGCACAGAAGCUGAGAGAAGAAACACGAGCACAGUUUCUACAGAAGAAAAGCAAAGAACUGUUGGAUAACAGUGAAUUGAAACAACUUUGGAGUUUGAUAGAGAAGUCUAAUGGUAGCUACAGCAUGGCUAAUAGUGAUGAGCUUACAAUUGACUAUUUUCAAUUUAAGAAGAUCAGGGAUGAAGCUGGUGCUAAAUAUAGACCAUAUUUCACAGCAGAAGUAUUCGGCCGGUUACAAGCGGCAGAGGGUGGCAUGGGUCGUGUCCGAGGUGUAUCACUGUUCAAUUACGUCAUGCGACGAGUCUGGCUGCAGCAGACGAGGAUAGGACUCUCAUUGUAUGACGUCACAGGUCAAGGAUACCUAACAGAACACGACUUGGAGAGUUACAUAGCAGAGUUAGUGCCGUCUCUGGCGGCCCUCGACGGCUUAGACUCAUCAUUCAGCUCGUUCUACGUGUGCACGGCUGCGCGGAAGUUCCUCUUCUUCCUCGACCCACUGCGGGUUGGUCGCGUGAGAAUACGAGAUGUCCUGAGUUGCUCAUUUCUUGAUGACUUGCUUGAGCUUCGAGAAGAGGAUCUUCCCAUGGAAUUGCAAGAGCAGAAUUGGUUCAGCGCAGCAUCUGCACUGCGAGUGUAUGGACAAUAUCUGAACUUAGACAGGGAUCAUAAUGGGAUGCUUAGUAUUAAUGAAUUGGCAGGCUACGGCUCGGGUACGCUAACACAGGCGUUCUUACAAAGGGUAUUCCAACAGUGCCUCACGUACGACGGCGAAAUGGACUACAAGACCUAUUUAGAUCUGGUGCUAGCCCUGGAGAACAGGAGGCAGCCUGCGGCACUAGCAUACCUGUUCCGUGUCCUCGACAUCAAUUCCCAGGGAUAUUUGGACGCGUUCACGCUUAACUAUUUCUUUAAGGCCAUUCAAGAACAAAUGGUCGCCCACGGGGCGGAGCCAGUCAACUUCGAUGACGUUAAAGAUGAGAUCUUCGACAUGAUACGACCGCAGCAUCCUUCACGCAUCACGCUACAAGAUUUACUCCACAGCGGCCACGGACAUACUGCGGUUUCUAUACUUCUAGAGCUGCAUGGAUUCUGGGCUUAUGAGAAUAGAGAGGCGUUAGCAGCCGCGGGCGACCAUAGUGCUUGACAAAUGUGUUAUAAAUUUGAGGACAGAAGAAAUUUCUCUUAGUGGUAAAUAAUACCAAAGUAGACUUUAGGAAGUCGCCUGAGCGGCUAUCUUUGUCUCAUAUACUUGUGCCGCUAAGCUUUGUAUCAAUUUGAAGGUUGAGAGAUGGCAGUACGGAGGCAUGUUAUUUUAGUCACCAGGAAAGGUAACUCAUACAGCAUAAAAUUUAGUCAAAAUGACGUAUGUAUAGACGAGUUAGAUGCCUAUGUGGAAUCAAUAAAAUGAAAUAUGAACGUUCUAUCUACCAUAAUAUAAAUAUUUUUUUCUGACUACUCUAAUGCUGUUGGCCGCAGCUGGCCUUUACAGCUUCACCCAAUGUUAGGGGGCGAGUGCAGAGGGCACUCAUCCCUACCGUCCGGUGAAGCUAUUGUUUUUAUGUCAACAUCAUUUGAUAUUUAUCGUAUGUCGAUGAUACUUAAGAUCAAUAUCAACAUCGAUAUUUUCUAAUCCCAUAUCUAGUGUAUAGUUUAUGCUACAAUAAAUAAAAUGUUGUUAUUGCUUUAUAUCAUUUAUUAAUGUAACAAAAUCAAAAUGUUCAAAAAUAUAAUAACAAGAACAUUAAACAGCAUAGCAAAUUUAUUAUGUAACAUUAGGACAUUUUUGUUAUAUUAUUAUUAUACUUAGACAAUAAAAGUAUAACUAUUAUAACAUAAGAUAUUAUUUGAUAAUAACUUUGUAAUAUUUGAUGUU